AUGGAUACCUCAACUCAUCAUCCAUCGUGUCCGCACAUGGACCACCCAGAUUACCCUCGGGACGAGAGACCGCGCAGUUUCCGGAGGCACUUCUCCGACAUCAAACCUCCAAGCGCCCUCCGAAUCGGCCACAUCAAACCACUAUCACUGCAACCAAAGCGCUCGCCCACUUAUCCACAGAGCCGGGCCUCUGAUAGUAUCUUGAACUACAACAAACCUCCUCAUCAAGAGAGCAACGACAACAUCAACGACACACACAAGAUUCUCAACAGCCCGACCACCUUUCUCCCCCCAACAAGCAUCGCGACCACCAGCACCACUAACUCGACCACCCCGGAUGAUCCAACCAACCUCACCGGCAGCGCCAGCAACGCCCUCACCCGCGCCGACAUAAUCCGGCACAUCCAGCUCAAAAAGUUUCUCGAAGCCUUCAUCCGCCGCCGCAAGAAUCUGAAGACCGAACUCGAAGACCGUCUGCGCCUACUCAAGCAAGAAGCCAAGAAUAACCGACGCCGGCGACAGAACGUGUUUUUCUACCCGUCCGCGGCAUCAGCGGCGUCGGAAGCCUCCUCCGCCGCGAAUGGUAACACCAAUAUGAGCAGCAUGCUGGAUCUGCAGAAGGAGCAAAGGAUUGAUGGGCUGGUGGAGGAACGAAUCAGGCUCGCGCAUGAGACGUAUGAGCAGCAGUUGGCGCUGUUGAUUAAUGAGUUUGUGGUGGUGGGGUUGAGGGAGGAGGUUUUGAGGGUUAUUUGA